GGUGCCCGCUCCCGCCCCGCGGCCCGCUCUCCCCACCCGCCCCGGCCCGGCCGGCUCCAGCCACCCGCGCAGCCCGCCAGCCCGCCCGCCCGCUGGCGCCGCCGCCGCCGGCAGACCCCGCGCUCCGGCUCCGGCUCGGCUCGGCUCCGCUCAGCCCAGCGCGCGCCGCGGCCAUGCAGCGCCGGGGCGCCCUGUUCGGCAUGCCGGGCGGCAGCGGCAGCAGGAAGAUGGCUGCAGGAGACAUCGGCGAGCUGCUGGUGCCCCACAUGCCCACGAUCCGCGUGCCCAGGUCCGGGGACAGGGUCUACAAGAACGAGUGCGCCUUCUCCUACGACUCUCCAAAUUCUGAAGGUGGACUCUAUGUAUGCAUGAAUACAUUUUUGGCCUUUGGAAGGGAACAUGUUGAAAGACAUUUUCGAAAAACUGGACAGAGCGUAUACAUGCACCUGAAAAGACACGUGCGAGAGAAGGUAAGAGGAGCAUCUGGUGGAGCUUUACCAAAAAGGAGGAAUUCCAAGAUUUUUUUAGAUCUAGAUACUGAUGACGAUUUAAAUAGCGACGAUUAUGAAUAUGAAGAUGAAGCCAAACUUGUUAUAUUCCCAGACCACUAUGAAAUAGCACUACCAAAUAUUGAGGAGUUACCAGCCCUGGUAACAAUUGCUUGUGAUGCGGUUCUCAGCUCAAAGUCUCCGUACAGAAAGCAGGACCCAGACACAUGGGAAAAUGAAUUGCCAGUAUCGAAAUAUGCCAAUAACCUCACGCAGUUGGACAAUGGAGUCAGGAUUCCUCCCAGUGGUUGGAAGUGUGCCAGAUGUGACCUGCGGGAAAACCUCUGGUUGAAUCUGACCGAUGGCUCUGUCCUGUGUGGAAAGUGGUUCUUCGACAGCUCUGGGGGCAACGGGCAUGCGCUGGAGCAUUACAGAGACAUGGGCUACCCUCUGGCCGUGAAACUGGGAACCAUUACUCCUGACGGGGCAGAUGUUUAUUCUUUUCAAGAAGAGGAACCUGUUUUGGAUCCUCAUUUGGCCAAGCACUUGGCGCAUUUUGGAAUUGAUAUGCUUCACAUGCAUGGGACAGAGAACGGGCUCCGGGACAAUGACAUGAAGCCGAGGGUCAGUGAGUGGGAAGUGAUCCAGGAGUCGGGGACGAAGCUGAAGCCCAUGUACGGCCCCGGGUACACGGGUCUGAAGAACCUGGGCAACAGCUGCUACCUCAGCUCCGUCAUGCAGGCCAUCUUCAGCAUCCCCGAGUUCCAGAGAGCCUAUGUAGGAAACCUUCCGAGAAUAUUUGACUACUCACCUUUAGAUCCAACACAAGACUUCAACACACAGAUGACUAAGUUAGGACAUGGCCUUCUCUCAGGCCAGUAUUCAAAGCCUCCAGUGAAAUCUGAGCUCAUUGAACAGGUGAUGAAGGAGGAACACAAGCCUCAACAAAAUGGGAUCUCUCCACGCAUGUUUAAGGCCUUUGUAAGCAAGAGCCACCCGGAAUUCUCCUCCAAUAGACAGCAAGAUGCACAGGAGUUCUUCUUGCACCUGGUGAAUCUAGUAGAGAGGAACCGCAUCGGCUCAGAAAACCCAAGUGACGUUUUUCGUUUUUUGGUGGAAGAACGUAUUCAGUGCUGUCAGACCAGAAAAGUUCGCUACACAGAGAGGGUGGAUUACCUGAUGCAGUUACCUGUGGCCAUGGAGGCAGCAACCAACAAGGAUGAACUGAUUGCGUAUGAAUUGACGAGAAGGGAAGCAGAAGCAAACAGAAGACCCCUUCCUGAGUUGGUUCGUGCCAAGAUACCAUUUAGUGCCUGCCUUCAGGCCUUUUCUGAACCAGAAAAUGUUGAUGAUUUCUGGAGCAGCGCCCUACAAGCGAAGUCUGCGGGUGUGAAAACAUCUCGCUUUGCCUCAUUCCCUGAAUACUUGGUAGUGCAGAUAAAGAAGUUCACUUUUGGUCUUGACUGGGUUCCCAAAAAAUUUGAUGUUUCUAUUGAUAUGCCAGACCUACUUGAUAUCAACCAUCUCCGAGCCAGGGGGUUACAGCCAGGAGAGGAGGAACUUCCAGACAUCAGCCCUCCCAUAGUCAUUCCUGAUGACUCAAAAGAUCGCCUGAUGAACCAGUUGAUAGACCCGUCCGACAUUGACGAGUCGUCGGUGAUGCAGCUGGCCGAGAUGGGCUUCCCCCUCGAGGCAUGUCGGAAGGCUGUGUACUUCACUGGAAAUAUGGGUGCCGAGGUGGCCUUCAACUGGAUCAUUGUUCACAUGGAAGAGCCAGAUUUUGCUGAACCACUGACCAUGCCUGGUUAUGGAGGAGCGGCUUCUGCUGGAGCCUCUGUUUUUGGUGCUACAGGAUUGGAUAACCAGCCUCCAGAGGAAAUUGUAGCUAUCAUCACCUCCAUGGGAUUCCAGCGAAAUCAGGCCAUUCAGGCACUACGAGCAACGAAUCAUAACCUGGAAAGAGCACUGGAUUGGAUCUUUAGCCACCCUGAGUUUGAAGAGGACAGUGACUUUGUGAUUGAGAUGGAGAAUAACGCCAACGCAAACAUUAUUUCUGAGGCCAAGCCUGAAGGACCUAGAGUCAAGGAUGGAUCUGGAAUGUAUGAAUUAUUUGCAUUCAUCAGUCACAUGGGAACAUCUACAAUGAGUGGCCAUUACGUUUGCCAUAUCAAAAAGGAAGGAAGAUGGGUGAUCUACAAUGACCACAAAGUUUGUGCCUCAGAAAGGCCCCCUAAAGAUCUGGGAUACAUGUACUUUUACCGCAGGAUACCAAGCUAGACCUCAAACCUGCAAGUCGGCGAAAAGAAGCCAUACAUGUUUUUAAUUUGCCAAAAAAAAAAAAAAAAAAAAAAAAAAAGUUGAGACAUCUAGACAUGGAGGAAUACAUGGGGUAUUUAUAGUUUUAUUUAAAGAGCACGAUCAUUUGACGCCUUCUGAAAUAGAACUGGGGAGAAAUUUCUAUUAGGGAUGAUACACUAUUGUAGAUAGUUUUUAUAAAUGUUCAAGGAGAGGAUGAUAUUUAAAAAAAAAGUAUUCAUAUUGCUGGUGGGGGAUCUACCAUCAGCACGUCAAGAAUGGGGAUGUGCCCCAGCCCUCUGUUUUGCUUUGGGGGUCCGUGGUAGUGGCCUCCAGAGAAACCGAUUGUGGCCAGUGGCGUGGCCUUACCCACAAUAAGUGAAAAGCCCACUUUUGUUUCAUAUAGAAAAUCAGCAACCGGGUGGAGCUUUAUUUGUGACAUAAUUUUUUUCAUUACAUACAAUAAUUUCUGACCUAUCCAUCCAUGUAUAAUAUAGCAUCUGCAGUGACAGAUAUUUUUAAUUUAUCAUAUCAAAAUUCGUAAGAUGAUUAUGCGAGUGUGUGUAAGAGUGAGUGAGAGUGUGAGACCUUUGCUAGAAAAGUGAGUCCACUAGAAAUCUGUGAUGAGUUGGUUUUUAAAGGCUGAACACUUGGUAUUAAGCAUAACUGAAAAAAGCAAGUAAAUAUUUAGUGAAAUUACAACUCAGGAACAUUUAAAAAGAUUAGUUCUCCACUUAGAUUUGAAGGAGUAAAAAAGGGCUGAGUUAUCCCUCUAAGUGCUGUCAAGAAUUCACUUGGGUUUGUGACGGUGGUGGGGUAAUGCCAGAUGCGCACAGCAGCAUAAUAUUGUACUUUGCCAAAGGUAGGUGAAUUCUCAGUUUCUCAGCAGCCCUUUCCCCCAAAGGCAUAGUGUUUAUUUUUAGUUAAAACAGGUAAUCUCUUUUUCCCAUACCACAUGGUAGCUCCCUGGAAUCGUGUAAGGUGCUCCCGAUUUGUCUGUAGUUUUCCCGUCUCUGAGCUCUUUCCCUGCCCCCAUGUCCACGUUUUCUGGGGUCAGAGUCUUGUCUCUGCUCUGUUUUGUUUUGUUACCUCCUAACUUGCCUUCAUUGCUUAUCUGAUGUGACCCACAGUGUGAUCUUGUACACUUUAGGGAUUUUAGAUGCAAAGAAUGUUUCUAUGACGUUAUGAAAGACUAUGCUUCUCACAUUGGUUAUUUUCGGUAUUUUAGUUGCAACCUGGGAUUAGAGUUUCGAAUGGGAUAAAAGGUGGAGUGAUAGCGUUCUGUAAUUUUCCUACUGCUCUGCACCAAAUCCCAGAGUCUCUGGAGUUUCUAUUUCUGAUUAUUCAGUCAAAGGGAAAAGGAUUUAUUGCUGUCUGCUUAACAUGUAUUUGUUUGGCUGAAAGGAUCUUUUAGAAACUGUAGGAUAAUAAAGCAGAACCAACUGGGUGAAAUCAAGCACAGACAUUGGAUUAGGACGUGGUGAGUCAGGACUGUGGUUACAACAGGGGCGUCUGUCUCACAGAUCACCUGUGUGAGCGAGGGUGGCCGUGUCUGAGGCCUGGGGCCUGGAGACCUGGGUGCAGCCCCCACCUGGCUGUGGACCGUGGGCAAGUCCCUUAUCCUUCCUGUGCCUCACUGUCCUCAUCUGCACAAUGGUGCGUUGCAAUGACACCUGCCAUCUCUUUCCAGUCAUGCUUUGAGGAUAUGACACAAUGAACUUGUACAGAAUAGAAGGCGGGGUGCUGUGCUGGGUCCUAGUAGAGUUUGCUCCCUGCCUUCGCUCAUCUGAUGUUUUCCUCAAUUUGGGAAUAGAUGAGAUUGGCAGAAGGUGGGAGCUCAUGGUGCAGUAAUUCUCUACUCAAGUGUGCCCGCUGGUGUUACCUUCCAGUGUGGACUUGGAUAUCCUAAAGCAGUCCCGCUCUGUUCCUCGAGUCGCUGACCCCUGUGGAAACCCCCAUGCUAAGCUGCCUUACAAACUCCAGUGCCCUUAGGGCUGAGUGUCACAGAAUAAUGAUUCCAAACAUGCAUCAAAAAUGGCUUGUUUCCAUCGAUGUUACCUAGCAAAGGCCUUUUUUUUUGGAGUGGGGGGGAAUUGGGGGUUUGGAUUGAAAAGUGGACAAAGACAGCAUGUGUAUUUUGAACAAAAUAAAAAUUUUAUAGUAAAACUUUGCAAAAUUAAUGGUGUAAAAUCAGUAUUUGAGAUUAUAAUCUAUAAAUUAUUUAAUUUCAUUAAACAAAAAAGAAAUUUAGCCCUUUUGAUGCCUAACAUACUGUAAGAAAGCAUACUAUGGCUGCCUUUUUUUUCUGCCUCACAACGCAAAGGGCUAUUUCUCCAAGGCAAAGUUUUGUAUGUGUGUUAUUCUUCAUUUCAGAUUGAGAGUUGGGAAAAACUGGAGCAAAUGAUGGGUUUCUUUCUUGCUUAAAAAUGUGUUUAUAUGUGCAUCUUAAUAUAUACAAAGCAGGUUUCUCUAUGAAAGUCCUGAAUGUACCACUUAAUUUUACAUGUGUGUAGACAAGAUUAUUUGUGACUGAAAACUGGAAUAAUAUGUGGAUUGUGUCAACUGAUUAUCAGCCUGUUAAGACUCCUCUGUGUGAGGCAUGUUGGCAUCAUUGUGAAAUUCUCACUGUAUGUGGGUGUCUGUGUGAAAGACAGCGCUCUCUUUCUGUAAAUAUCUUUUGAUAUAUAUUUGUGUAGGAUCCCAAUGAAUGUGUCUUUGGAAAAUGUAAUGUAUCAAAGUUUUUGUUUUGUCAGUUGGUCUAAAUGCCCAUGUAACUAAUCAGCAAUCCAGUUUGGUUCAGAUUGGGAUUGUCUUUUAAAGGAAAAAAUGUAUGCAGAAAUGACUCUUGGAAGAAUCAUAUUUUAAUGACAUUUUAUAUCAACGUUGCUUCAACAUUUUGGAAUUGAUGAAGCUGCUCUCUCUCACCUACAAGAGAAUGUGCCUGCCAUUUCCCAGUUGCUCACUUUGAGCUGCAGAAGUCCAAUGGGAAUAGCUUGAACCUUUCACUCCCUGAAUUGUUUAUUCCUUUGACCUGAACCAGAGCCUGACCCACAGUUCAUAGCGAGAACGCCUGGUCUGUAUGAGGCUCCACCUGUCAGUGUGUGGGGCCAACUCGCUUUACCUCUCUGGGCUUUUUUCUUUAAAAUGAGUGGGUCAGACUAGAUGAGCUCAGAAGUCCCUUCCUCCUCUAAAAGGCUCUUCUAUUUUUAAAGCAGGGAUCACCUAGAGGUUUAGACCUUAUAUUUUUGAAUUGUUACAGCUUCUACACCCAGUUGGGGGCCUGUGUCAUUUUUAGUGUCCCAAUCCCAUUUCUAUUCGUGCUCUACUUAUCUUUAUUUUCUUUGGUCUUCAUCCCAUUUUUUUUUCCACUCUUGAAACUCACAACUUUCCAGUCCAUGAGGUAUUUUGCCUCCAUCCCCCUCAAAAACAACAAAAAAAAUCCAUUUAAAACACCUUCCUAGAAAAGGCUCAAAACGCAUUCAGCUAAAUCUGUCACAUUUAUAGAAUAUUUUAAAAUUCUAGGGGAGGGCAGGGAAAAAAGUUCUAAUUCAGUUAUAGCUAUGAUCUCCAAAUAAGUCUGACAAAGUUGUCUGUCACAGACAGGAUGUCUGUUUCAUCUUGUAGGCAUCACUGUUGCUAAAUCCCAUCAGGACCAGGGGGUGGGGUUAGACAAAAAUGUGAUUCUGUCCUUUAUUUUAAAGGAUUCUAUCCUCCCCUGUCCUUUGCUUAAAAAUCCCAGGUUGCGGAACAAGGUUCUGUACUCUUAAAUUGGUGUAUAAGAUCACCUCCACAGUGUCGUGGAGAUUUCCCGCUCAGUAAAUCACCCUGAAAGAGUUCGCCUCAGAUGCUCUAGGUCUGCGCUAUUCGGUGUGAUAGUCAACAGCCACAUGUGGCAAAUGACCACCUGAAAAUUGGUUGGUCUAAGUUGAGAUUGUGCCGUACACA